AUGAGUGACUCCCAGGUUCCACCGACCGAGUCUGUUGUCGCCAGUGACGGCCCUCACUCGAACCAGCCUACAACGAUCGAUACGCCACCCGUCGCAGCGACUCCGGACGAGGGCAGUAAUUUUUACAACACUCCCUUGGCUGCAGGAACACCGUCUAUUCAAGCAGACAGUCAAAAGGAUGCCGCGACAAACAGCAUGAUCAAAGCCCCUGAUUCCUCGGAACCUGCUCCCAUGAUUCCCGGACUAAACCUUGUCAACGACCCCAAUGACCCGCAGUCUAUGAGCAACCAACCACCCCCAGAAUCAACGACGGCCGCAGUAAAACAAGAACAAGAAGAGCCUGAAACCAAGCAGGAAUUGAACGAGCCAGAGAUCCAGCAGGAAUCAAGCGAAUCAGCGAUGAAAGAAGAACCCCGAACCGCAAUUCAGCAGGAGCCAGAAGAAAAUUUGCAGGUCAACAAUGAACCAACCUCGGCCCCUAGUGACAUUAUGGAAGUCGACCAAGCUCCAGAAAUUGGCAACACGGAAAAUGCACCUGACCAGGGCGCGGAAGCACUGGAGAACGAGGAAGAAGGGGAGCACCCGGAGUGGGAGGUCGACUCUUCUCCGUACGAAUCCUCCUCGGACAGCUCUACGUCUACGGAUUCAGAUGACAGCGAUGAUGAAGAUUACCCCAUGCUCAGCCCGGAAGAACAGGCACGGAUCCUCAUGCAGGCGGAGGCUGGAUCUGAUGAUGAGGGAGAGGGCAAAGGCAAAUCGAAUGGACACGUUCGAUCGACCAAUGAGGUUGCGGAAGAAGUCCCGCCAAUUCCUGACGUUGAAGUUACCCCCGAUAUGAAAAUCGUGUUCCUAGGGAAGAUCCAGACGGUUGUCGACAACGCCCUCCUCAUCGAGGCCAACACCUCUGGAGAGUACCAAGUUCUUGAAUCAGGCUCGUUGCUGUGCCGCGAUGAUCGCAAACUUGUGGGUGUAGUGUCUGAAACGCUCGGCCGAGUCGAAAACCCCUUGUAUACGGUCAUGUACGCGUCUGCCUCCGAAAUACAGGAACGGGGCUUGUACAAGGGCAUGGAUAUCUUUUAUGUCGAGGCACACUCUACUUUCGUGUUCACUCAGCCGCUCAAGGGCAUGAAGGGAAGCGAUGCUUCGAAUUUCCAUGACGAGGAGGUCGCCGAGGAGGAAGCCGAGUUCUCAGACGAUGAGGCAGAGGCCGAAUACAAGCGCAGACUGAAACAGAAACGGCAAGACAAAAAAGAAGCCAGAGAUGGCCCUGCAAGAGGAAAGAAAGGACCCCCGGGGCCAUCAAAGCUGAGCCACACUGGACUCAACUACGACGAUGGAGCCGAGGAUGGCUACACGCCCCUUGCUCGUCCCAAGAAUCUCCACGAAAUCAUGGGUACUCACGAGGCUCCGGUCGAAGGAAACGAGCGUGGAUCUAACUUCCGUGGUGGCAGAGGCCGUGGCCGAGGCUCUGACCGUGGCCGCGGCCGCGGUAGGGGUGGUGGCGGCAGAGGAGGAUGGGAUCGUGACCAGGACCGUCGUCCCCCGCAGAGCGGCGGCUCGCAUUAUGGACCACCGGCCACGAAUCCCCAGGCCUCGGGCUAUGGCCAACCGGCGUACCCUCAGCACCAACAGCCUGCCUACGGUAUGCCCCAGCCAUUCGCCGGGUAUGCACCGUAUGCGCAGCAGCAACAGACACCCCAGCCGCAAUUCGCUCAAGGCGCUGCUCCAGCUCAAUUCCCCUUCCAGUUUCCCUUCCCCCAGGCCUUCCAACAACCGAAUCCUUUCCAACCAGUCCCGGCGGGUGCUCACGUCAAUCCUCUUUUCUUGGCUGCAUUGCAACAGCAGCAGCAGCAACAAUACCAGCAGCCGCAAUCGGUGCCUUCCCAGGCUCAGCCGCAAAAUCCGGCCAUGAACUUUGAUCAAGUCAAAGCUCAGUUGGAUCUUUUGCGGAGCCUCAGCAACGGAAACCAAGGGCCGCCUCCUACUUGA